AUGUCGGAUCCUCGUUGUCGGCCGAAUCUCAUCGUCCGGAAUUCGUUGCAGAGUCAAUUCGGGUAUGGUAUAGAGCAAGUCCCAAAGCACACACACUGCGAGGACUUUACAGUUAUUCCGAAGCCUCACGCAGGUUCAUUAGCCGAUGCACUCAAUCGCAGAAUAUCAUCGCUGGGAAUAGACUCCGAUGAUAAGUCUACAUUCUUCGAUUGCUCUUCUGCUGAUACCAACGCUUCGGAUGAUGAUGCUGAGAAGGUGUGGGAUGAAGCAUUGUCCGAUACUGUCAGUGUCGACGGAAGCGUCGCCGGUAUAGUGUUUCCUGUAAACGAUGCAUAG